CAGCCCCCUGCUUCUUGAACAACCAACCAAUCAUCUGCACGGAAAUCCAAUUAACGCGUCAAAACACGGUCGUUCGCGCCUUAAUUCACCUCGACCCCAACGCGCCCAAUUCCCAAAUUGGUCAGUUCCCUUUCAGUGCAGCUCGCCCCAGCCUCUCUUUGCUUCCUUCCGUCAGCCUGCAAUCGCAGCUAGCCCAUCCACAACCUCUGCAUCCCUACGAUCCCAGGGCACUCCCCAAUACGAAAGAAAGCUACUGAGCUUCGAGCCCACAACCCCAGCAACUCCAAACAUGACGGGUCCUCGCACAAAGCGGCAAUUUGCCGGCGCAGCCAGCGAUCCCUCGCAGCGUUCCAUAACGUCCUUCUUCCCAAGGACCGUUUCCUCGGCCGCCUCUGCCGAUGCAGCUUCGAAACCAGUGAGCCACGGGGCCCUCGGUGGUCCUACUCUCCCGCCGCAAAUUCAAACGGACCUCCUGAACGUCGGUAUGCGCGUCCGCAAAGCCAUUCCCGAGGGCUACAAGACAGGCGGUGCCUACAGCGCCUUCACGCUAUGGGCCGAAGAUAGCACCAGCGGCUCCGCCAACUCCCGCUCAACGACAACUACCCCCAGCACGACGUUCACCUCGACAAUACGCGAACUCGAGCCUUUUUGCGGCCUCAACAAAGUGGGCGGCCUCGCCUACCAACCCGCCUAUUACAGCAACAAUCACGGCGCCGCAACUGCUGCCGAUGACAACGACCUCGACUCCGUCCCCGGCCUAACCAGCAGCCAAGACACGGUCGCCAGCACAGCCUCGUCACAGACGACAGCUGGCUUCAGGUCUCUCAACAUCUCGACUGCCACCACCACGGCCGCCGCCGCACUACCAAGUCGCAAACGCUUCUUCACCUCGGACGAGGAAGAAGCCGCCGACGAUGCGCAGGCUGCAACUCUCCCCUACCGCGGCCCCACUCGCCUCAGCUGCGACAGCCAAGAAUCGUGGCUCCUCGAAGAGGAGAUCUCGCCACGGAGCCUGGUGCCGCCGGCGGGGCUGUGGGAGAAUGCGCGGGUGCUGGCCGUGCCGAGGCGGUCGAAGCAGAAGCUGGCGGGCAGGAAGCGCCCGGGAGAUGUCGGGCAGGAGAACGUCAUGGUGUCGGUGCCGCAAGGGGGCCAGGACGGUAAUGACUUUGAGGAGGCGGCCUUCUUGGACUACGGGUUGGCUGGGGAUCUGAGAAUGGAGAUGGAGGAAGGGAGGAAGGGAAAUUCACUGGAUCAUUACCGGGCUGGGCGGUACGGUACGACUGACGGAAUUGGUUGGCGGUGGCCCCAUCUGGACUCGUUGCAUUUUGCAGCGUUACAUGGCGUUUUACUGUUUGGUUUGGUUGGGACGACUCAUUGGGCGGAGGGAAGAAGUUGCAUUAUACCAUAGUUACGAGGCGGCUGUUUGGUGGGAUUCUAGCAUUGCGUUUCUGUUGUUGUCUCGCGAAACUAACUUGUAUGAAGACGGCAAAGGCAAGGGCACUUUCAAUUUUAAUUACUGUUCGAGUACGCUUACAAACUAAUA